AUGGUAGUAGCCUGGGAAUCUAAUGCGAUCAUACAGAUACCAGCGCUACCUAGAACAGAAUCAAAUGCAAGAAUUGAAGACGUUAGCUCUCUUCCACCGGUAUGCCGACCUUCCAGCUUCAAGAAUUACCGGAGCUUCGUCGACAAACGGCGAUUCGAAAAGCGAUCUUUGAGAUCAGACUCGAAAACUGAAUGUUGUAUGACCUGCCAAGAAAUCGGUGACUGCUUUUCAUUCGAGUACAAUAUGGCGAAGUCAUUGUGCAAUUACUAUGUGAGCAUGGGAAAGGUAGCCAAGAAAGCUAGCAAAAGCGAGAGCAAGGUCUGCCCUUCCGGGCUGGGUGCAGGCUAUAUGGAGCUGCCUAAUUAUCCACUCUGGCCGAGCCACUUUGGUCAUGAACACGGACCUUGUCUGAGCAGUGCUGCUGCAUCUGGGAGAGGCCCAGAUCUGGGCCUAGACUUGCAGGCAGUCAGUGAUCAGCUAAAUCAGCAGAUUCUUGACCUGCCCAAAGAAGAUCUUGGUCUAGAGGAUGAUGAAGACGAAGAUGAGAUUUAUGAAUUACGAUAA